AUGGCAAUCACCAACUAUUCUGAAAGAGAUGUUAUUCAAUUCUUAGUAAAGCAUAAUCCAGAUCUAUCCCCUGGGAUGUAUGAACCUUCAGUUUCAUAAUAACUAUUGGAAAAAAAGAUAAAAGCCAUUAAAUCUCCUCCAUUUGGAAAAGGCUCUGGGAUGAGUAACAAUUCAACUAACAUACAUAGCUAUAUCCCUUAACAUUAAUAUACUCCUGGUCCAGGAUAAUAUGAAAUAAAUUUGGCUAAUAGCUCUUUUGACAGUUCACUAAUUGUUAAUGUUGGUGACAAGGAAGGAGUAUAUUUUGUUGUUAAAAAUGGAACUCAGAAACAAAAGUAACAAUGGCUAUCAGCUGAUAAAACAAAAAAAGGCUUUGAAGUUGUACUUAAAAAUAUAGAUAAAACAGUUCCUGGUCCAGGAGCCUACUCUCCAAGAAACGCUCAGACUAGCUUUGAUCAGAAUUAAAAAAGUAAAAGUUUCAUUAAGCAUAGAAAUAGUCACAAGAUUACAAGUUCUGUUUUCAAAAGUCCAAGCUUGAUUAAUCAUGGACAUUCAGACAUAGUAAAACUUACCUCAGUACCAUCAAUCAGAUCAAAUGUUGAUUUGAUUUAAGUAGAGAAAAAAUAUUCGUAAAUUAACAAUUAUCCUCAAGAUAAGUCACCAAACCAAUCAGGUACUUUAAAUACCUACUCCAGAGAUGUAAGUCCUAAUAUAACAGUUUAAACAUCUGUAAUGAUGGCUUAAGUCAAAGCAUUUGAAGAUUAGAAAAAUUACUAGAAAUUGUUAGGACCAGGAACGUAUGAUCCUGUAUUCGCUUCGAAGAAUACUGGAGCAGCAACUACUUGGAGUAAAUCUAAAAUAGAGAGAAAGCUACCUUUUGAACUUCAGAAAUAAAUAGAUGCCUAAAAAUUAAACAAUAAAUAAAAUAUGAAUCAAACAUAGAUAAUUGAAGAGAGACCUUUAAUUGAGGAUGAUAAAAUACUUUAUUAGUAGCAGUAUUAAAAUAAUCUUUCAAUGAUAGUUGAAAGUAAUAAUGAUAAGAAAAUGUACCACAAUAUGAGAAGUCCAAGAAGAUUUGGCUCACGCAGGCCAUUUAGUAUUGGAGAGUUUCAUAAGAAAUUUGUGGAUUAAGUUAAGCACUCUGAAGAUUCAGAAUUAGAGGAAUCAGAUGAUGAUAAAUAAAAGUAAGCGUCACCAGGACCAGGGCAUUAUUAUAACGCUUAGAAAUUUUCAUCUAUAAAGAAGGAGUUCAAAGAAUAAAGACAUCAAUACUUUGGCAGCUCAGAGGAUAGAUUUAAGAAGUCUAUUUUCCAAGGAGAUGACCCAGUUAAAGGAACCCCUAAACAAGUAGGUCCUGGUACCUAUAACUUGAGGAAAGCAUUCGUUGAUACUUCAAAACACUAGAGUAAUACUGAUGAGAUCAGAGCUCAUUUUCAAGAGAUAAGAAGAGUCUUUGAUAUUAAUAAAGAAUAAUUUUUUAAACCUGGUCCAGGUAAAUAUGAUACAAAGGAUAACGCUUUCUCAAAAAAGAAAGACUUUUACAAGCAAUAUUAAGCAGCAUUUGGGUCGUCUGAUGGAAGGAAAAUAGCAGUUUUUCAAGAAACUGAAACUCCAGGGCCAGGUUAGUACAAUUAGGAGCAGACAUAGGCUAAAUAUAAGUAGAUCUAGGCAAAUUUUAAAUCUGGGACUAAAAGAACUAUUGAUCCGUUUUUGGUACCAGAUCCUUCAAUACCUUCUGCUUAGGAUUACAACUUGUAACACUAUAAAGGAACUUCUUAUAAUCAACUUUAGGGUGGUGCUCCCAAUAAUAUUCUUAUUCUUAAGAGAGCAGUAUAGAAGUAAGCAGAAAAAAACUUUGAAAGAUCCACUUUUAAUCAAUCUAAGAUAGGCACCAAUACGUCUACUAUUGAAAACUACAGCAAUUUAGGUCCAGGUGCAUACUCUCCUUCUCAAAAUGACUCUUUUGUCGACUCAGCUAAGAAAAUUCCAAAGUAGUCUAAUUUUAAUAGAAGUGAUAGAUUCUAAGACAAGAUAAUGGAAAAAAAGUAGACUAAACUACCUGGACCAGGCCAUUAUGAAAAACUGCCAUAUAUGGAGCCCUCUGAUUGGAACAAAAGAACAUUUAAUCUAAGAUAUUUAUAGAAUGGAUAAGAGGUAUUAAGGUCAAAAAGCCAAAUACAAGGAUAAAAUUUAUGA